UCGAGCUCGCAGCUGCUCCGAACCUGUUGCCGUUUUUUCAUGAAUUUAUUGUAAUAUUAGUGAUGAGUGAUAAUGUCCGGUGGCCCCCGGGACUGGAGCGGGUGUGUGUGAGGUACCGAAACUCCAUCUUAUUUCUUUUAGAAAAUCUUUCAGUCGGAUUUAAAUUCGUCGAAUCGAGAUGUUUCGGGCGACUUGAAGCACUGAAUUCUGUAGUGUGUGUGUGUGUGUGUGUGUAAGAAGAGCAUCCGCCCUCCUGUGUAACUGUGUACCGGUGUGUGUGUGUGUGUGUGUGUCUCCCAGAAUAAGGGCAGAGGAGCGGGAAUAAAGAGGAUCAGAGGAGCGCGCGCGUGCAGCCGCCCGGAGCUUUGAUCUCUCAGAAACAAACUAACCUCUGGAAACAGCAACGCGCGCACACACACACACACACACACACACACACACACACACACACACACAGAGGAGUUCAACAUGAGAAGAAAACCCACCAUGAGUCUGAUUAUUGUACACUUUAGCACACACACACACACACACACACACACUGAGUGAUGAAGGACGGGUGUAACACACUGCAGGAGCUGAAGCUGAUCUCUCCUCAGGACUCUCAUCCUCAUGGCGUGAUGCUUUAUAUCACACUGCAGAGCGAAACAUGGGCUAAAAUGUUCAGAUAAAAACAAUCCAGUGCUCAAGAAACAGUGUUUGUUUGUUUGUUUUUUAAAUGAGGAAAUUUGGUCUAAAAAUCAAGAACAAGAUCCAGAAGUUCUUACGUUCUUCAUGUGAACGUCUCGUCUCCUUUCCUGAGCUGAACUCUCUGUAAACAAAUGGAUUUGUGUGUAAAUCCGAUCCCCAGAGUUCAGACUAGUCCUGAUCCUGAACUCGUUCCAUCUCAUCCCUGAUGGAGCUUCGCUGCUGAUCAACAUGUCAAACACGCUGGUGAUUUCUUAGUGGGUUUCCUCCUGCGAACACGUUUCCCACGCCGCCGGGUCUGCGUGGCCGAUGAGCACCCGGGGCCCGCAUGCUUCCAGCUAAAGAUGGUGACGAUCGGCUCGAGCCCUCCCAAAACUCCAUGAUGGCGAACCCCAAGAAGAUGGACCUGGUCAUCCCGAACUUCCCCGAGGUGCCAUGUGACAGCAACGGCCAGCGCAUGUGGUGGGCCUUCCUCGCCUCGUCCAUGGUCACGUUCUUCGGCGGCCUCUUCAUCAUCCUGCUGUGGCGGACGGUUCGGUACCUGUGGACCGUGUGCUGCCACUGCAACACCAAAAAGAAGGAUGUACAGCGGGUCAGCAGUGUGGAGAAGAAGGACAGUGCGGUGGUGAGUGAGGUGGGCUGGAUGACCUCGGUGAAGGAUUGGGCCGGGGUCAUGAUCUCCGCACAGACACUCACCGGGCGCGUACUGGUGGUGCUGGUGUUCGUCCUCAGUAUCGGAGCACUCGUCAUUUACUUCAUCGACUCUUCCAAUCCAAUAGAGUCGUGUCAACACUUUGAUAAAGACUUUACACUGCAGAUAGACAUGGCCUUCAAUGUCUUCUUCCUGCUCUACUUCGGUCUGCGCUUCAUCGCAGCGAAUGACAAGCUGUGGUUCUGGUUGGAGGUGAACUCGGUGGUGGAUUUCUUCACUGUGCCGCCGGUGUUCGUGUCUGUUUAUCUGAACAGGAGCUGGCUCGGUUUGAGGUUUUUAAGAGCCUUAAGACUGAUACAGUUUUCUGAAAUAUUACAGUUUUUGAAUAUCCUGAAGACUAGUAACUCUAUAAAGUUGGUGAACCUGUGCUCGAUCUUCAUUAGCACGUGGCUAACGGCUGCAGGCUUCAUACACUUGGUGGAGAACUCGGGCGACCCGUGGGAAAACUUCCAGAAUUUCCAGCAGCUAUCCUACUGGGAGUGUGUGUAUCUGCUCAUGGUGACCAUGUCCACUGUGGGUUAUGGAGACGUAUGUGCUAAAACUACACUCGGGCGUCUUUUCAUGGUCUUCUUCAUCCUCGGGGGACUGGCCAUGUUUGCCAGCUACGUCCCAGAAAUCAUAGAAUUAAUAGGAAACCGUAAGAAAUAUGGCGGUUCCUAUAGUGCAGUAAAUGGAAGAAAGCACAUUGUGGUGUGCGGUCACAUCACUCUGGAAAGUGUUUCCUACUUCCUCAAAGACUUCCUUCACAAGGACAGGGACGAUGUCAAUGUAGAAAUAGUUUUUCUCCAUAAUAUUUCCCCUAAUCUUGAGUUGGAAGCCUUGUUCAAGCGUCACUUCACUCAGGUAGAGUUCUACCAGGGCUCCGUCCUAAACCCACACGACCUGGCCCGAGUCAAGAUCGAAUCAGCAGACGCAUGUUUAAUUCUAGCCAAUAAAUACUGCGCAGACCCGGACGCCGAGGACGCGUCCAACAUCAUGAGAGUGAUAUCUAUUAAAAACUACCAUCCAAAGAUUCGUAUCAUCACACAGAUGCUGCAGUAUCACAACAAGGCUCACUUGUUGAACAUCCCGAGCUGGAACUGGAAGGAAGGUGAUGAUGCGAUCUGUCUGGCAGAACUAAAGCUGGGCUUCAUCGCUCAGAGCUGUCUAGCGCAGGGGCUCUCCACCAUGCUGGCUAAUCUCUUCUCCAUGAGGUCGUUCAUUCAGAUUGAAGAGGACACGUGGCAGAAGUAUUACCUGGAGGGAGUAGCGAAUGAGAUGUACACUGAGUACCUGUCCAGUGCCUUUGUGGGUUUGUCCUUCCCCAUGGUGUGUGAGGUGUGUUACGUGAAGCUGAAGCUCCUCCUGAUAGCCAUCGAGUAUAAAUCUGAUCAGAGAGAGAGCAGUACACUUAUUAACCCAGGCAAUCAUGUGAAGAUGCAGGAAGGAACACUGGGUUUCUUUAUCGCCAGCGAUGCCAAAGAAGUAAAGAGAGCUCUUUACUACUGUAAAGCUUGUCAUGAUGACAUCACGGACCCCAAAAGGAUAAAGAAGUGCGGAUGCAAACGAUCCAAGACAGCGGGCGGUCGCCGAAUGCGACUGGGGUGUUGUUUAGGUUGCGGCGAGGCUGAGCACGGCUGCUCGUGCAGGUCUCGCAGCACUCGUAGUAACAUGGAGACUCCAACAUGCGGCAUGCCGCUUUCUCCCAACUCUGUUAACGAUAAGUCGGCCACUUUACGCUCCUCUAAAAGUAACUAUAAUGGAUAUAUUAAAUCAACAAUGGACGCCCCGGCAGUGCAGCAGUCUGCUGUGUCACCCAAGAAAAAACAACGCAAUGGUGGAAUGAGAACCUCACCCAACUGCUCUCCAAAAACUAUACGACAUGACCCUGUGCUGAUCCCCAGCCAUGAUCAGAUGGAGACGAUGGCCGAUAAUGUAAAGAGGUACGACUCCACCGGGAUGUUCCACUGGUGUCCAUCCAGAGACAUUGAGAAGGUCAUCCUGACCCGUAGCGAGGCAGCCAUGACGGUUCUAAGCGGUCACGUGGUAGUGUGUAUUUUCGGCGAUGCGAAGUCAGCCGUGGUGGGUCUGAGGAACCUUGUGAUGCCUCUCAGAGCGAGUAACUUCCACUACCAUGAGCUGAAACACAUCGUGUUUGUGGGAUCACUGGAGUAUUUAAAGAGGGAGUGGGAGACUCUACACAACUUCCCUAAAGUCUCCAUUUUACCCGGCACUCCUCUCAGCAGGGCAGAUCUGAGAGCUGUCAACAUUAACCUGUGUGACAUGUGUGUGAUCCUGUCGGCCAAUCAGAACAACAUCGAUGAUGCGUCUCUGCAGGAUAAAGAGUGUAUCCUCGCCUCGCUCAACAUCAAAUCCAUGCAGUUUGAUGACAGUAUAGGCCUUCUACAGGCCAACUCACAGGGCUUUACUCCCCCUGGCAUGGACCGCUCGUCUCCGGAAAACAGUCCUGUUCAUGGUCUGGAGCGACAAACGUCCAUCACCACUGGAGCUAACAUCCCCAUCAUCACUGAGCUCGCUAAAUCAGACAGGCUGCUGAACGCAGUGUGUGUGAGACAGGACAAGAGCUGUGGAACCAACAUACCAAUGAUCACCGAAUUGGUAAACGACUCCAAUGUUCAGUUCCUGGAUCAGGAUGAUGAUGAUGACCCGGACACUGAGCUCUACCUCACACAGCCCUUCGCUUGUGGAACCGCGUUUGCUGUCAGUGUGCUCGACUCCCUGAUGAGUGCUACGUACUUUAACGACAAUAUCCUGACGUUAAUAAGGACGUUAGUGACGGGCGGAGCCACUCCCGAGCUUGAGGGUCUGCUCGCGGAGGAGAACGCACUGCGCGGUGGAUACAGCGACACACACACACUCGCCAACAGAGACCGGUGUCGAGUGGCACAGCUCGCCCUGUACGAUGGACCGUUCGCCCAGCUGGGGGAAGGUGGGUGUUAUGGUGAUUUGUUCUGUAAAGCGUUAAAGACCUACAACAUGCUGUGUUUUGGGAUUUACCGUUUAAGAGACGCUCACCUGAGCGCUCCGAGCCAGUGCACCAAACGCUACGUGAUCACCAAUCCUCCGUACGAGUUCGAGCUGGUCCCCACAGACCUGAUCUUCUGUUUAAUGCAGUUCGAUCACAACGCGGCUCAGUGCCGCUCCACGCUCUCACACUCCUCACACUCCUCACACUCGUCCAGUAAAAAAAGCUCAUCUGUGCACUCUAUCAGCACCAAACACACCAAGAGCCGAGAGCCACGAGACAAACCCAAUGCACCGUGGAUGAGUUGUGUGGUCGCAGAUGACGCUGAGAUCCGUGAAGGUUCCUGCAGGAACCUUCUGUCAAGUUCACAUAAACACUCUGGCUCAUACAAACACCGUGUUCAUCCGGUACCAGUCCGGCCUCCAAUUAAAGGCAAGUGAGGACCAAUCAGGUUACUGGAAGCCUGUUGGAUCUACAGACUGUACAUCACUCAACAACAACAUCACAGGAAUGAAACAUCAUUUCAAAUACAAGAGUUAUUAAUUAGUCAUGCACUGAUUCUGAGGGUUUCGUUUAAAUACUAAUCUAAAAACGUAGCACUAUAGCCAAAUUCUUACAGCAGCAUGAGGAAUUCUCAAGCUUUUUCCUGACUGUAUGUUCAGAUGCUAACUGUUGACCUUUUGCAGUCAGUAAUGUGAUUAAGGGUGGUGGAAUUGAACAAAAAGGAGGGUCAAUCAAUUAUUAGUAUUUUCUUGACAAUCAUGAAGAAUGGAACUGAAAGCAGGGUGAUUGCAAAGAAGGAGUGUGGCCAAAAAUGAUUCAUUUUCUUGAUCUAUACAAAAAGCAACCUGAUUAAGUCUGAUGUAAUUAUAUAAAAGGAGCAUGGCUUAUUGUUUCAUUAACCCUUUAGCCUCAGAUUCCUGCUUUUAAAGUAAAACCUGUGUGUAACAGUUUGUCGCCGUGUUGAAUUAAUGCUUUU